GAAGCCCUAAUGAUGCUGCGGAUGAACGAAGCCGCCGGCGGUGAGGGCUGCGAUUAUGGGAGAGGAGGAGCUGGAGCACCACCUCCGCGUCCACCACCAGGAGCACCCGGGUGGCGUCGACGGUGAUGGGGACGGUGAUAUCGAGGCUGAGGGUGAGGGCAAGUGCUAGGAUGAAGGCGAGGACGAGCUCUCCUGAGUACGAGGAGGAGGGGUUCGAUGAUGAUGAGGAGGUGGAGGAUGUGGAGCCAGAGCUAGACCCUGCAGAGUACGAGGAUGACGAGGCUUACGCUCGAGUGCUUCAGUUCAUGGCAAGAGAUUGAUCCAGAUGAGUACUCAUACGAGGAAUUAGUUGCAUUGGGCGGAGUGGUUAGUACAGAAAGUAGAGGUCUCUCUGCUGAUACACUUGCUUCCUUACCUUCAGUAACUUACAACACAAAAGACAUGCAAGACGGCAACACAGAACAAUGUGUAAUUUGUCACGUGGGAUUGGAGGAAGGUGAAUCCUUGGUUGCACUUCCCUACAAGCAUUCAUAAUCAUACCACCCUGACUGCAUUAACCAGUCAAAUAAAUAAGGUACAGUGCCACUUUCGACUUAGUUAUUGUUAGAACAUAUACAAUAGUUCCCCAUAGAUGAGGAUUGCCUAUGUUAUAUUUUCAUGGUAUGAAGCAUAUCAGGCAAUCACACCUGCGCCUGAAUGAAAAAUGUAAGGUUCCUUUGUACCUCUACUAUACACCAACCGUCUAUGCUUAUUAAUCUAGUCAUCAUCGUCUAUGCUUAUUAAUCUGGUGACCUGAAUAGAAAAUGUAGGUUCCUUUGUACCUCUACUAUGCACCAUACGUCUAUGCUUAUUACUAUACUUUAUGCAGCUAUGGCUUGCUGUAGCCUUAUACCAUUGUCUGAAAUACACUUCUAUGCGCAUAUCUCUCUAGAGCACUGUAUGAUCAAAUAUCUAUGAUUUAGUUUCAUAUAUCCCCUUUUAAAAAGCUAGUUUCAUAGUCCUUUUUCUGUCUUAAGUCAAGUAGAAUAUCAUAAGUAGUGGGUGCUAUUGAAAGAGGUAUGCCAUAGUAAUUAUAAGUAGUACAUUUAUUUUGGCCACAAAAGAGUUCAAGUAGUUGCUAGUGCUAUAGUUUAAGUAGUUUUGUCAUCCUGCUUUGGUUAAAUGAAGAUGGCACGAUGAAAGAAAAAGAAAGGGAGGUUGCUUUGUUGUACUCGUUAGCAUUUUCUUUCUCUGUUUGGGCUUCAGUUUCUUGAACAACAUCACUGUCUACAAGUCACCUGUGGCAUUUAUAACCAGUCAAAAUGUCACUGAUUGCCAACACUCAAUUAUGCACCGAAAACAACAAUCUUCUUUGUUAUGUUUAGGGACGUGGCUAUAGAA